CGCCCCGCCUGCCCAGCCGGACGCGCCGGGCGCCAUUUCGGGAGCAGCCGCCGCCGCCGCCGCCGGGGCCCCAGCCCGGGUCCGCGGAGCCCCCGCCACCGUCACGCCGCCCCUCGCCUCCUGCCGCCUCGGGGCCGGCCGAGCGGCGCCGCCCGCCCGCGGUGUAGACGCCUGGAGAGGGCUCCCGAGCCCUCGGGCCCAUCCCCCGCCCGCAGCGCAGACAGCGCCGGAGCCCGGACUUGCCGCCGCCGCCGCCGGACCUCGGGCGCCCGGACCAGGACAGCACCGCCCGCGGCGCAGGUGUCCUGAAACAUGGCUGAUGAUAUUGAUAUUGAAGCAAUGCUUGAAGCUCCUUACAAGAAGACUUGCCUAACGAUAUCUCACCUCUACUCCCAUGAAUUCACCUUUGAUUCCAGUGUGAACUGUCAAUCAUAAGGUAGUAAUUGAGUGACGUAUCGCUGUACCGUGGUCCCCUAGGUUUAAAAAAAAACAAAACAAACACCACCCAAAACCAAAAUCAAAACAACAAAAAAACCCCCCAAAACCAAGAAACCAAAAACCUCUUCUAAAAUUGUCAGGUCCAGUUUGGUAUAGCAACAAGGUGAAUGCAGUGGUUUGGGAAAACAGCAGGGUUCCAAGAAUAACCUUUUCACCAGUCCCGUGGCAAGUAAAUAUUUGAACAGUCUGCUCGGUGCAAGAAGAGUGAGACUGGCUCUUAAUGCAGGAGGCUGGUGGCAGUUAAUCUUCUACCAGGGCAGAUGGAAAUCAAUUGCUGAGUGAACGAAUUGACAGAAAUUCUUGGAUCCCUGAAUAGAAUGUUCUUAGCAAGUAAAAGACAGUAUCACAGUCUGCGGUGUCAUUCUAAAAGAAGCUCUUGUGUUCUUCUGUUCUAGUUGUUUAAUUAGGAAAUGUCGAUUUUAUGCAAAAUUUUUAUCAAUAAGCCUAGUGAUGUCUUUUACCUAAACCAGCAGCAAAUGAAUACUGUCUUUUUUGGUUUUCACCAGAAGGUGAAGUGUUAACAUGAUGCAUGCUCUAGCACUGGUUUCACAAGAAAUGUACCAUAAGUUUUAAGUCGCUUAGGAAUUGUACUUUUGAUGUAACCAAUGUGAUUAAACUGUAAAGCAAGGAUAUAAAUUAUAUAUAGCAGCUAUUGUUAGUCUAUUCUGCAGUGUUUAUUACAACCAUGUCAUGAAUUUUGGAUGAGCAUUUGUAAGUUUUAAGUUGUAUAUUUAGUUUAUGUAAUAUUUAGCAAUUACCUUAAAAUCUUGAAGAGAAAUUUGUAAAUUGUUAUGUUAAAAUUCUUGUGUCCUGGUUUAACAUGGAUAUUUUCCAUGUAAACAGGUAUGGAAAUAGGGAAUGUUUAGGCUGGACUGGUGGAUUAUUGAUGACUUUCUUGGGAGCCGACGUUACUAAAGCAGUGUGAAUCCCUGUUUGCUUCAGGGCGAGAUGUGUGACAGAGGUGACAUCAAGCUCUUACAACCCUGCAACGAAAAUGAGCGAAGAUCUCGGGAAUGGCAUCGGUCACAGGAAAUCCAUAGUGCUGGCUGCUAGCGUAGCCACUGGGGCUUAGGCAGAGGUGUAGCCUUGGUGCUGGUCAGAGGGGCACACAGACACAAACCUGAAACUUCCUCUUACAUUUUAUAGAAAUAACAUUUAACCACUUGAGUGCUGAAUUCUACAGGAUAACUUGCUCUCUAAACCAUGUAAGGAAGUAUCUACAAUUUAAUACACACUUUUAAAUGAUGUAAGUCUUGUAUUUUGUAAUUGUAUGACUUAAAUUUAAGCAGCAAAGUGGUUAAACAUGCCUACCUAAAUUUUUUAAAGCUUUCCACAUAAAACUGUAAACAAGUAAUUUAGUAUUAAAAUUUUUGUUUUGUAUUUUCUUAUUCCCAUUCCCAUUACCCUUUGACCACUUGAAAUGUUUCCGCUUCGUCCUCACGAUGUUCUUCUAUCAACCCUGCUUAGGAUGAGAACAAAUUGAGCAGUGCCAAUGGCCACGAAGAACGAAGCAAGAAGAGAAAAAAGAGCAAGAGCCGAAGUCGAAGCCAUGACAGGAAGAGGAGCAGAAGUAAGGAACGCAAGCGGAGCCGAGAUCGGGAAAGGAAAAAGAGCAGGAGCCGGGAGAGGAAGCGCAGCAGGAGCAAGGAGCGCAGGCGCAGCCGCUCUCGGAGCAGGGAUCGCAGAUUCAGAGGCCGUUACAGAAGUCCCUAUUCUGGUCCAAAAUUCAACAGUGCCAUCAGAGGGAAGAUUGGUCUGCCUCACAGCAUCAAAUUAAGCAGACGACGCUCCAGAAGCAAAAGUCCCUUCAGAAAAGACAAGAGCCCUGUUAGAGAACCUAUAGAUAAUCUUACCCCUGAGGAGAGGGAUGCUCGGACAGUGUUCUGCAUGCAGCUGGCUGCCAGAAUUCGACCGAGAGACCUGGAAGAAUUUUUCUCUACAGUAGGGAAGGUCCGUGACGUGCGGAUGAUUUCAGAUCGAAAUUCCAGGCGUUCAAAGGGAAUUGCUUAUGUAGAGUUUGUUGAUGUUAGUUCAGUGCCUCUGGCAAUAGGACUGACUGGGCAGAGAGUCCUGGGUGUGCCAAUCAUAGUGCAGGCAUCACAGGCAGAGAAAAACAGAGCAGCAGCAAUGGCAAAUAACCUGCAGAAGGGCAGUGCUGGCCCUAUGAGGCUCUAUGUGGGAUCUUUACACUUCAACAUCACUGAAGAUAUGCUUCGAGGAAUUUUUGAGCCAUUUGGCAGGAUUGAAAGCAUUCAGCUGAUGAUGGAUAGUGAAACUGGACGCUCAAAAGGAUAUGGAUUUAUCACGUUCUCAGACUCUGAGUGUGCCAAAAAGGCCUUGGAACAGCUCAAUGGGUUUGAGCUGGCUGGCAGGCCCAUGAAAGUUGGACAUGUAACUGAGCGCACUGAUGCUUCCAGUGCCAGUUCCUUUUUGGACAGUGAUGAGUUGGAACGGACUGGAAUUGACUUGGGAACAACUGGUCGCCUACAGUUGAUGGCAAGACUUGCAGAAGGAACGGGUCUGCAGAUCCCCCCGGCGGCACAGCAGGCUCUGCAGAUGAGCGGCUCUUUGGCGUUUGGAGCUGUGGCAGAUUUGCAAACAAGACUAUCUCAGCAGAAUGAAGUUCUGGCUGCAGCUGCUUCUGUACAACCACUGGCAACACAGUGCUUCCAGCUGUCCAACAUGUUUAAUCCUCAAACUGAAGAAGAAGCUGGCUGGGAUACUGAAAUUAAAGAUGAUGUGAUUGAGGAAUGUAACAAACAUGGAGGAGUUAUCCACAUCUAUGUAGACAAAAACUCAGCUCAGGGCAACGUGUAUGUCAAGUGUCCGUCGAUCGCCGCUGCCAUCGCGGCUGUCAACGCGUUGCACGGGAGGUGGUUUGCAGGUAAAAUGAUUACAGCAGCGUAUGUACCUCUUCCAACAUACCAUAGCCUUUUCCCAGAUUCCAUGACUGCAACCCAACUACUGGUUCCUGUUCGACGAUGAAGAUGGAUUUAGUCAGUUUUGUACAUAGUUAUUUUUUGGAGGAAGAUUGAGUUAUCUUUUAUUUAGAUAAAACUAAAGGAAAGGAUUUACUGUCAUUUUGUGUACACUUCCUGCUACCUUUAAAAAUAAAAUGAAGUAAGCAGAAAUGCAGUGUGUUCAUUCUCCCUAACUAGCGUUUCCACUGUAUACAAAGCUGUUGACUUCUUGUUCUGCCUUGUAAUUCUUGUACAUUUACUAAGGUGAUCUGUAGGAACUGAGAAGUAGCUCAUAGAAAACAAGUUCUCUGUAAAAGGCAGAUGGGACAUGAUGACAUUUUUAAUGUUUCACAAGCCUUUCUUUUAAUGCAGCAAUUGCAUUUUACAUUUCACUAAAUGUAGGUGAUCUGCUCAAGGUUAAUAUCGGAGAUAGACUCGAUGAAGGGACUUAGUGUUUUGUAUAAAUGGAAAAUUCAACAAGCUGCUGAAAGCUGAGUCCAGGCAGCCACUCAGCUUGCUUUGUGCUGAAUAAUUGGUAAGAAUAGAAGGAUUGAAGGGUUUUAUUUCUUGAUGGUAUCUUUUGAUUAAUGUAUCUGUAAAAGUUUCUUUGUAAAUACUGUGUGAGGUGUGUCUAAGUUUCCAAACAAAACCAUCUCUGCAUUUCCAGAUGAGUUUCUCUGUCUGCAGUGGGGCACAGUUGAAGGAUUUCAGCCAAGUCUGAAAAUCUGUAGGAAAUACAGAAACAUGUUUUGUUCUGGUUGCCUAUAAUCUUUGCUCUUUUUAAGCUCUGUGAGCUCUGAAAUAUAUUUUUGGGUUACUUCAGUGUGUUUGACAAGACAGCUUGAUAUUUCUAUCAAACAAAGACUUUCAUAUUGCAACAAUCUUUGUAAGAACCACUCAAAUAAAAUUCUCUUAAAAAGGC